GACCGCUCGAUUGAAUUACAACAGUGAUUUUUUGGCUGCUGGCGGCUGGUCAACCGUCCACUGUUUUUCACGUUUAAGACUGUGUCAGGAGAGAAUGACGGGUGGGGUCAUGAGCCAAUGGGGGCCAUCCAGCAGAGGGAGGGUUUCCUGGAGCCCAGGUCAAUGAUUGGCUGAAGGUGGGUUGUUCCCGAUUGACCAGGACCAAUCCUCGACGACAGCCAGGACCAAUCCCCUCCCGAAAACCUAGCGUGCUCGGGGCCAAUCCUCUCCGUCCUCGAGCCCCUCUUCUUCUCCCUCCACGCCAUCUCGCCGUUCCCAUCUCGCCUCCCUCGCGCUCGCACCGCCGCCUUCUCUCCCCGGUGCUCGAGGUGUAGCAGCAGGGGUGCCAGUCCUCGAUCCAGCCGGGUCCAGCGCAAGUCACCGGCUUCACGUGCCGUGAUGCUAGAUCGGGCGCAGAUCUUCGCGCCGCCACCUCUCCUCCUCCUCUCUCUGGCCCAUGCCGCCAUUGUUGCAAGGAGCAGGGGAGAUAGGCGACGAGGACAAGAAGCAGCAGGCUGGUCGCGGUGGGCUUGAGGUGCUGGGAGGACGGAGGAGUUCGUCGUGGUUCGUCAUGGAGGCGGCGCCGCCGGCCAGGGGACAUCGUUGGUGCGCUCGGUGCAGGAUCGUCGGGGCUGCUCUCGUUCGUUCAGUUUGUCACUGUUCCUUUUGCUCUACUCCUGCUCAAGAGGCUUACUUGCAGUCCCUGAGCAAGGCUAUGUCGCACUACCACAAGGCCCAACUGCUGCUCCUCGACAUCACCGACUUCUCGCUAUCCAGAGCAAGUAUGAGAGCUCCAGUAAGCCAUCGUGAGUCCAGAACCAGUCCAUGUCUGAGACGACGUUUGGAAGGGUGUCCGAUUUCAUCGCACCUUUUGCAAUGUUUCCUAAGACGGAUGAGCCUAGAGGUACCAGAACAAUACAAUUCAAUCUCUUCUCAUGUUUCUGCAAGAGUAGAUACAGUGUACUGUGUUGGAUAUGCUGACUCGUUUUGAGGGAGCUAGAAAAUCUGUGGUGCUUCCUGGAAUCACGUUAUUCAAGUUGUGGGAAUCCUGAACUGAAGUUGGGGAUUGCUGAUGUGAAAUGGCGGCGUCACGAGCCAGAUGGUCACCAUGGAGACCAUAAGCAGCCCAGCAGCAGCAAUCCAACAUAAAUGCAUAAAACAAGCAUGAGCGGACACACGCAGCAAUAAGCAUGGGAAUAGAAGUGGAUAGCCAUGGAACCUGUUGCGCGGGGAGCGCCAGUCAGCCUGGCGGACCUGUGACGUAAGCACGACGCUAGAUCAGACACACUCACGGUCAUUGGCGUGUGCGCUGGAUCGGCAGCCCUCGGCUGAUACAAGCAACUUGCAUGAUGUGGUCGCUUGGUCUAUCCAUCAACAUUAUAUCUCCUUCAUCAAUUAGUUUUCUCAUAUUUCUUAUUAUGAAGGCUAGGAACUAGGCUGAAAUACACAUAUGUUUUAGUUUUUGCUUUUCUUAAUGCAGAUGUGGAAGAUCUAAAAUCCUCUGUGAAAGAUUUUGGUUCUGCGGAAGCCAAUGAUCUGGCACUGGGACCUUAACUUCUGGAGUGAACGACUGCGGGAAUCAAAAUACAAUAUUGAUGAGGUUCUUUCUUUACAGAAAUCGAUUACAAUAUUAAUGAAAUUAGCUCCUGGCCAUUGCAUAUUUGCAUACUUAUUGGAAUUCGGUUUUAUCAUUAAUUGUUGAUUUAACUUUUUAGCUCUGAUGUAUGAGAAAACUAUCUGCAUUUCUUAUCUAUCAUGGAUAUGCUGAUAUAUUGCUCUACUAAAAGGAAUUGUUGGCCUAAGAUGUUAUUAUAUACGUGACAUGUUAUUGGCUAAAUAUGAUUCAUACUUUACAAACUCCUUACAGCUGGAGUAGGAUCCAAUGAACAGAUGAUGAAAAAUAAAUUAAGCACUUGCUUUGAUUUGUUCAAAUUUUUAUAGAAACUGUUAGAACACACUUUUCUUUGCAAGCCGGAUACAAAGAGGAAUGUGUUAAAUAUAUGGAAGAUAAAAUUAUUUGCAAGAAAACUCUGCUUGUUUGCCAUAUUUUGCGCACCGUCUUAAAAUUAUUUGUCCAAUGGAAGGACUCUCUGCAACAUCAAUUCCAGUAUGUUGCUUUAGUUGUUCUGUGUGAUGCAAGGUAAUAUUUUUCUUGCAAUUUUUGCAUCUUUUACCUUUUCACUUCUGUUGAGAGAAACAUGUUGUUUCUUAAGAAGAUAUUGUUUAUAAGACGGAACAAUACUCACCAUAUAUGAUAUUCUUCCACCAAAUAAAUAUUUUUUGAGUGCAACUAAAAUCGUAUUCCUGCUCAUUCAUGAUACUGUGGUCUGACAUAGCUGAUGGAUGUUCAGGUUUCUCUAUUAAUUGCAAUGCCUUCUAGAUGUUCUACUAUAGUGUUAUUUGUCUGUGCUUUAAUAUCCAUUCUGCAUGUGUUCUUUUGUUUAUUUUCAAGAUAUCCUGGCUCUCUGGAAUAUGCCCUGUUCAGCUGAAAGGAUGUAUUGCAAUUAUGCAGAGAGAUCGAAUUGUUCGGACUCCAGUGCCACUUUCAGUUUUCUAAUUUUUGCAGGGAUAUUGAGUGAGGGCUGGUCUAAACUUUAAGAGAAUAACUUAUUACAUUCUGGGAUCACCAACUUUUGGCGUUUUCUCGGACUAGGUAGGUAGGACCAUUAGCAAUUCUCCUGAUUUGCUUGCAAGAUUGAUUUAUGAAAAUAUCAUGGUCGUUAUAUUUCGGUUUGCUGCUAAUUUCAUUGAAUAUGUUUUGAUGGAUCCUUUUUAAGCUUUCAUCCUUUACCAUUUGUAAAAGUAACUAACACAUUCGUGAUUGAAUUUUUGAAUGGUUAAUGGGAACACUAUAGGUCUUGUUUCUUCGCUUUUUUAAUGUUCGAUAUAUUUUUCAUGUACAUACCAUAGUGUGCAUUUAACCAUCUACGAAGCUUCAUGACUGAUUAAAUGUUACAGCUGCUAAUGUUAUUGUGUUUCAUGGAUCAAGUUUUUCUUUCUGUUUCCGCAUUGACGUGUUGUUUCAAUGGUAGAGUUAGUUUUUUUUUGCGGGAAUGGUAGAGUUAGUUACGACUGGUGUUUUCCUUGCGUCCCUGCCGCCCCGGCUACAGCUUGUUAUGCCAAUUGUGGCAGAGUGAAGGGAGGGAGAGACUAAAAUAAUUGUAGUUCUGAGACAUAAAUGUGUCAACAGAGCUUAUGGUUUCCACUGCGGUUUUUCUCAAAUAACCAAUAUAUGUCUGCAUUCUUAAUAUUUCUUGCUUCUAUUUGUAAUCUUACUAUUUUCUCCAUGAUACACUUGCUUACCAAUAUGGUAUUGUGUUCAGUGUAUGUGGCCUACCGUAUCCGUGAUGUGGUGGCAGGAAGAGGCCAGUGCCACCAUUACUGUAUCCGUGUCAGCCAUGGUGGCAUGAAGAAGCAUAAAUUCAGAGUAUUGCUAUGAUGUUCUUCUCUAGCGUUGCAGGUGUAUCCGCAAAGUGUCUCAUAAUAUUUGGUUAAAGCCUGCAAUUGUUUAGGUGAUAUGAACUUCCUUUAUCUUGAAUGGAUUUGAACUCCAGCCAAAUUCAAGUGAUGAAAGGUCAGUUUUGUGCUGAUUCACAAGUUUAGAUAUCGUCCCUCCAGUGUACUUCUUGGUUGAUUAAUGAAAAAUGCUUUCUGCUCACUUCCCCUUCCUAGAUUAGUCUAUGUGUAUGAAAAGAAAAAUUCUUUUUUUUGUAUAAUACUAUCGAUACCAUGGAAUAGUUUUUAUGAAUGAUCCUCUUUAGCUAACAUUUAAUCAAGGUUACCUAAAGAGAAUGAUAUCACUUCAUAAAAACCAUUCAUGAAGAGAAUCAUUCAUAAAAACAAUUCUCUUUAUGAUAGUAUUAUACAGAAAAAGCUAACAUUUGUAUAAGGAGAAUCAUUCUCUUUAGCUAACAUUUAAUCAUGGUAUUUGGUGGAACUGGCUGUGGAGUAUUAGGUAGAUUGUGAUAUGGUGAAUUAUUUGUUAGACACGACAUUACGAGCUCCUCCUUUGCAGCAGUACAUGGAUUUUUUGUACAUAAAUCUCAUGAGUCCAUUAUGCCUUACGUAUCUGAACCUAUGAUUCUAGAGAAGAUAUAAUAUACUUCUGGAUUACACAAGGUAAAAUCCUCUUUCACUAACCCUUUCAACUUUCAAAUAUUGUCAGUUGGGGCUCACAAAACAGAUUGAGUUGAUUUUGUUGUUCUUUUGUGCUAUCUGGACAGAGCUUAUUGUUUUAUUCCAUUCUUAGUCUACUGAUGGUAAAUGAUAUAUGGAAAAUCAACAUUUCAAGGUAAAUAAAAUGCCCCCAAUAUGUUUCUGUUCACAUGAUUACUGACUCAUGUUUCUUUUAUGUGAUGCGAUGUUCUCUUUGUUGCUCUCACUUUGGUUAUAUACUACUAAAACUUCGUAUAAUUUUCAUUUAGAUUUGGUGUUGUUAGCAUUAGACGGUGUGCAUCAAAUAUGAAAGUAGGGCCAAGCAUCAAAGGCAAGGUGAAGGAAGGUGCCUGUGUGGUUCUUCUGCAGCUCGCAGCGAGGAUUGCUGUGUCCAACCUGCACAAGAAUGCCAAGAAGUCCUUGGAGACGAUUAAGGACAUGUACCUGUACUACAACGAGAGAUCUGGGCUGCUUCUUUGUGGCUUCCAAACUUGAAAUGUUUGUUUGGAAGUUAGUUUAGUUUUUUGUUGUGGAUUCACACCUUCUCACAUGUACCAUCCGGUUAGACCUUUAGAUUUCCAAAGAAACUAAAUGAAGAUAUGGUGGUAUGGUUUCAUUUAUACAA